GCUCCCUGGGGACUCCUUAAGUAGAGGUAAUGUUUGUGGGCUAGUUUCUAAGGGGUUUCCCAACGUUCAGAUUGUCUCUGGGGCCUCUACUUCUCAUCUCAGGAAAAGGGAUGGGUGUUGUUGCCUGGAAGUAGAUUCUGCCUAUAGAGCUAAGGAUAAAAAGUGGGAAGGCCACAAUACUGACUCUUCUUUUUCCUUUUAGCUUUUUGGUGUUAUGAUGUACCCAGCUGGUCCUGGAUCUGGUGAUUCCCCAGAGGGCUUCCCUGAACAACCAAGGCUCCAGCCACAAAUUGGAAAUUGCACAGCUCAGACACUGGAUGCUUUCUUUACAUGUCGGAAAAAUGCCCUCCUGGCGAAGAGCUCAUCCUCCCAGGUAGAGGGUGACUUUGCCAUGGCCCCUCGGGGCCCCGACCAGGAGGAGUGUGAGGGCCUGCUGCAGCAGUGGCGAGAAGAAGGUUCAAGCCAGGUGCUCUCAACUGUGAGCGAGGGUCCCCUUGCAGACAAGGCACUGGCCCAGAGUAGCCUGGCGCUCCUGAUGGGUAAUCCUGGAGAACAGGAUGCUACUUCAGAGGACAAGUGGUCCAGCAGGCAGCUGAGUGACCUGCGGGCAGGAGAGAACCUGGACGAGUCUUUCCCAGAGGUGCUAGAAGAGGAGACACUGCCAGAGGUUGAGGGCCCUACGUGGGCAGCUGUCCCCAUGCAGACAGGCCCCCAGUAUGCAGACUGUGCUGUCCUCCCAAUGAGUGCCCUGGUCACAGAGCAGUGGGAAGAGGACCCUGCAGUGGUGGCCUGGAGCAUAGCGCCUGAGCCUAUUCCCCAGGAAGAGACUCCCAUCUGGCCCUUUGAGGGCCUGGGGCAGUUGCAGCCUCCCCCGAUGGAAAUACCGUAUCACGAAAUUUUGUGGCGAGAAUGGGAGGAUUUCUCCACCCAGCCUGACGCUCAGGGCCUGGAGGCAGGGGAUGGCCCCCAGUUCCAGUUUACUCUGAUGUCCUACAACAUCCUGGCCCAGGACCUGAUGCAGCAGAGUUCAGAGCUCUACCUGCAUUGCCACCCGGACAUCCUCAAUUGGAACUAUCGUUUUGCCAACCUCAUGCAGGAAUUCCAGCACUGGGACCCUGAUAUCCUGUGUCUCCAGGAAGUCCAGGAAGAUCAUUACUGGGAGCAGCUGGAGCCCUCUCUGCGAAUGAUGGGCUUUACCUGUUUCUACAAGAGGAGGACUGGGUGUAAAACGGAUGGCUGUGCCGUCUGCUACAAGCCCACCAGAUUCCACCUGCUCUGUGCCAGCCCUGUAGAGUACUUCCGGCCUGGCUUGGAGCUCCUCAAUCGGGACAACGUGGGCUUAGUGCUGCUGCUACAGCCGCUAGUCCCAGAAGGCCUGGGGCAAGUCUCGGUGGCCCCUCUGUGUGUGGCAAAUACCCACGUUCUGUACAAUCCACGCCGGGGUGACGUCAAGUUGGCCCAGAUGGCUAUUCUUCUGGCCGAAGUGGACAAGGUGGCCAGGCUGUCAGAUGGCAGCCACUGCCCAAUCAUCUUGUGUGGGGACUUGAAUUCUGUCCCUAAUUCACCUCUCUACAACUUCGUCAGGGAUGGAGAGCUGCGGUACCAUGGGAUGCCGGCCUGGAAGGUAUCCGGACAGGAAGACUUCUCCCAUCAGCUUUACCAGAGGAAGCUUCAGGCCCCACUGUGGCCCAUCUCCCUGGGCAUCACUGAUUCCUGUCAGUAUGUCUCCUUCUGUCAGCCCAAGAGAUCAGAGAGACGCAGAUAUAGCCGAGACUUCCUGUUACAUUUCCGCUUCUGCAACAUCGCUUGUCAGCGACCAGCAGGGUUAGUUCUCAUGGAAGGAGUGACAGACACUAAACAAGAGCGACCUGCUGGCUGGGCCGAGUCUGUCCUUGAGGAAGACACAUCCGAGCCUGAGCCUGCCUUUCCCAGGACUGUAGGCACCAUCCAGCACUGCCUCCACCUGACCUCGGUGUAUACCCAUUUCCUGCCCCAGCACGGCUGCCCAGAGGUCACCACCAUGCCCAUGGGUCUUGGCACGACAGUGGAUUACAUCUUCUUCUCAGCUGAGUCCUGCGAGAAUGGGGACAGAAUUGAUCGCAGGCUGUAUCAAGAUGGAACUCUCAAGCUCCUGGGCCGUCUCUCCCUCCUCUCUGAAGAGAUUCUCUGGGCUGCCAAUGGCUUACCCAACCCCUUCUACUCUUCAGACCACCUCUGCCUAUUGGCCAGCUUUGGGAUGGAAGUCACCGCCCCAUGAUGGGGCUCCCAGGGGAAGAGGGCUUCUCUUCCAGAAGAGCUCACUGGAUCAGAGACUGUGGAAAUAAUCCCAUGCUUCUGGAAACCUAGAUCCAAGAAACUUAAGUCCCCUCCUUUCCCCCUUGUUCCCUUUUUCCCAUGGUUAGAUUUCCCCCAGCUGUUCCCUGCCCCGCCCAACCUCUUCCUAAUCCUGUGCCACAUACUCAGUGGCCCUGGGAGAGGCAGAAGGGGGCUUCCCCCUUCGUUCCAUGUAUCCAGCGCUCCCCCUUGAUUUUUAAUUACCAGGGUUGCGGGAGCUAUUGAUCUCAUUGGUUAUUUGCUUUCAGUCCGUUUCUUGGUACCUUCUGCCUAACCUUCUCCCCGCCUUCAUGACCUCGGGGCCCAGCCCUCUUGCCCGGCAUGCACCUGUGAGCUGUGUGUGUUGUGCAUGUGUCUUCUUGGGGUGGGAGUGCUCUGUGUAGAGCCAUGGCUGCCUCUGACCAGCCACUUUCCACAUAGGGGCUGUAGGCCUAGGGACCAGUUACGGGUGUGAUCUAGUACUGUGUGCUGCCAGGCAGCAGCAGGGGUGUGGGCCCUUCUUAAUCCUCUCUGUUUCCUUAGGCAUGCAUCAUGCCAACUGAGGGAUAGUCUUUAUCUGGCCUCUGGGAAUAAAGGGGCCCCACAGCCUGGAGCAGCAGAUUCAGGGAUGCACCACCUGCCCCAGUGACCCCUAGGCCUCUGAUCCAGAGCUCCGAAGAGGCUUGGCAUGAGUUCUCUAGGGCUCUUCCCUUUCCCCAUGUUGUCCUGAGGGAGACAAAGUUUGAACCCCACGUGGGGUUCAUCAGGCUGGGAUAGUGGCUUGAGGUUUAACACUUUGAAAGAAAGAGAAACACCCCAGGAAACUGUCUUGUCUCGCUGGAGUCUGCAGCCUUGAGAGCUGGGCAAGGGCAGGAGAAGUAGUGGGAGGAGCAGGGAGGCUCUGCGGCUGCCUCAGCUGGACUUGUUCUCUUUCCUCUGCACACCUUAGAAACAGGUUUCAAUUCUUUUCCUGCACCCACCUUUUACUUUCUGUUGCCUCCCUCCUCCUCUAGUCCCUUCCAUUUCUCCCCAGAAAAGCCUAGUAUUUAGCUCAGGCCAAACCUUAGCACAGUGGUGGCCUUGGGCAAAACUGGUGCAAGAACUUGGAGUGGCGGUGUUUGAGGAUGUGCUCUGGCCAGCAAGGCCUCGGCUGCUUGUUGCCUCCACUGACCCUGUCCUAGCACAGGCGCACACUGGCCAGCUCAGGGGCUUCCUAGCUCACACUGUGCUACCUGCAUGCUUACUCUGUCAUUGCAGGGGUGUGGCCUGGGCUGAUCCUGGGCUAGCUCCUCCCUGCACCCUUUUGACUCCUGAGCAGCUAUUAGCCUCACAGGUUUGAGUUGCAGUUGCCCCACUUGGCCUCCAGAAGGAGACUGAAGACAAUGGCCAGAAGCUUCUAUUAGGGACAGUUCCAGAGGCUAAUGCCCUUCUCUUUUUUUGAAAGCCAAAGAAAGACCCAGCUUGAAUUCUGUGCUGCAUUCAUGGUUAUGGGCUUUCCAUGCCUGGGUUUAUUUCUCUCUGCUGUACAUUUUGAAACAUGGUUUCCUGGGUACCGGGCCUGUCUGUCCACUCCUCAUCGCUGACACUGUUUGUCUCUCUCCUGGUACCUCCUGAGAUGGUCUUGAGAUAGUGCCCUGUUGGCUCCUAGGACUAGGGUCCCUCCCUCUGUUCUGUCCUGCCAGGAAAUGCACGUUAAAGGUGGCUAAAGAUGGCAGAGAGCAGCGUUUGAUAGAUUAUCUUUUCCUUGUUGUCUUUCUUGUUUUUGUUUUGGAAAUGAAAUGGGGGUUUUAAAUAGUCAUUUAAACUCUUUUUCCAAAUAAAGGUUUACCUAUUUUCCCCUACUGUUGGUCAUUUAUUAGGAUUCUGAAGGGCAUGGGGGAGAGGGCCUGGAGAAUGAGGUGGGCAGAGAGAAAGAGACAGGAGCUUUUGAUCUGGGAGGUCGGGCAGGGGGGUCUCAGGCCCUAAAUCUAGACUGGAGAAAUUUGUUGUAAUUUUCCUCUGAUAACUGAGGCAGAUGGAUCUGCCUUGUUCAUCUUGUACCACUUCCUCCCUUGGAUGCCCACUGCUCUGAGGCCUGGGGGGACCAGGGUUUGAGCAAAGCCUCCUGCCCUGACUUGGGUACAGCUGUCUUCCCUGUCGUUCCCAAGCUAUAGGAGAAUAACUCUUUGCACUGCUUCUCAUCUUAUUCCAUCUGCUGCCCUCGUGCCCCUCCUAGUCCACACUGUGUUUCAGGAGUGUCUGUGCUGAAAGUAGGGCAUGAUGGGUGUGUUUUCCUCUCAGAGCAGUGGCAGCUGCACGAGGCACUAUGCAGGUGCCAGAUGCCUCCCGCCGAGCGUCUAUUUCGGAUAAUCUCUUUGCAUCCUGGAGCCAGGGCUGAGCUGCGGGCCAUCUGUUGGUGGAAUGAUUUCUCUUCCUUCCCAGGCUUAACUCUGCUAGUACUUUUGUUCUCCUCCAGCUCCCUAUGUGGCAAGCCCAGCCAGGCCUGCAUGCCCAUGGGAAGCCCUGAAAGCAGGCGUGGUUUUCGGCCGCAGCUGAAAACGGAUUCUCAGGCCCCACCUCAGACCUCUGAUUCAAUCUCUGAGAACCUGGGUUAUUUAAAGGUACCUGGGUGCUUCUGUUGAACCACCUGAGUUGGGACCCACUGAUUUAGUGGAAAGAAAAUUUACCCAGGUGGCCAGAUCACAACUUGUCCUCGUGGCUUGGUUGGUUGGUGAGUAGGUAAGUUACCUGUUUCAGUUCACAUCCCUUGGUGAAAUAGAUAUUAAAGUAAAAAUCUUUUCCACUUAUGAGGCAUUUUCAGAUCUGAAAUUGCUGUGUUUGGGCUUUGGCAAGAAAGGGAUGCCAAGAACUCCAGAGUAUUAUUGGUAGGCGUUGGGUACAUAGUUGUUCUCCCUAGUCAGGGUGGAUGAUUGGGCUCAUGGGCUGAGAAUUAUUUUAUAGGUCCUAUUUUUUUUAAGCUUUGAGGAGUACCCCCAGAGGCCCUUUGCCUGGGGUGGAAGGUUUUCCCCUACUUGCCUCAGUCACUAAAGGUUUCUGUAACACAAUUAUUAGCUUACAAAGUGCUCCAUCAGUAAACAGUAGCACUGUGAGGUGGCAGUUCUGGUGUUUUUCCUAUAUUUUUAUGUCUGAAGAAAUAGAAAUCUCAGAGUAUAAAUUGAGAAUCUCCCUUGUUUUAUUUUUUGCCACCUCAGGCUUCUCAGAACACAGGCUGUCUGGGAGUAGGAGUGAUAAGGCAGACACACCGGGGUGGCCCUGGGAAGGGCGUGCUGAGGCAGCUGUAAGCUGGCGACAAAGAAAGGAAACAACCAUCCAGGCUGCUGCUGCUGUUUCUUUUUCUUUCCAGUUCCUGCCCUGGUGUAGCUACUAACUAGAGGAGGGUUGUUUUUGGAUUGAUCACUUAAUGCAGAAGUGUGGCUUCUCUUCUCCCAGGAGCUGGUGGGGCCCACCUCCUCUACUUUCUGUUAGGGGAAGAGAGAGCUGACCUGCAGCCCCACAUUUCCAGACCCAUCCCAGUAGCACCACACCUGUGAGAUUCUCUUCCCCUCCCAAACAUGCAAAACAAAACUGUCCUAGGCCAGCCAAAUGAGAGAGAGCCUGGGCUGGGAGAAUGUGAAUUUAAUGUGUUUUGAAGGGAAAUCUGCCCUACUGUCCUGUCCUCAGUUCAGUCCCUGUGAUGCUGAGGCCUGGGGCCUCGCACAGCUCUGGACAGAAGAGCGGCUGCUACACUUAAGUUCUUGGAGGCUUUGUUUUUCCCAUGACCAGAUCUUUUCUGGUUGGAGUUUGGAGGGAGUCCAGAUAUCUAUGUGCACAUUCUCGUGUAGGCUGGGCUUAGAGAGCUGAGCAGAGUGGCCAGUCUCUACCACUCGCCAGGCCUUUCUCCACCUACUGGCAAACACCAAGGUUCACAGGUAGCCCUACUUGACAUGACCACUAUUUCCUAUCACCACUGUGACCACAGUCAAGAUGCCAGCUCCUCACAGGAGAUGGGGAUGGUAGAGCCUCAUCCCCUUCAUUUCAGGGCUCAGGAAUGUCACCUGCAUCCAGAGGUCCAACUCACAUUAGUUGUGAUGGUUAAGGUUGUGUGUCAACUUCGCUGGGCCAUGAUUCUCAGUGGUUUGGCAGUCAUAUAAUGAUGUGAUCACCUCCAUGAUGAGAUUUGAUAUAAUGUGAUCAACUCCAUGAUGGGAUCUGCUGUGAGUAGCCAAUCAGUUGAAAGGGAGUUUCUUUGGGCUCGUGGCCUGCAUCGAAUAUAAGUGGACAUUCUGGCAAGGCUUGUGGGCUUUUGCUGACUCUGGAUCCUGCAGCUGGCUCCUGUUUUUCUGCUCUCUGGUUCUUGGGACCUGAGCUAUCAGCUUACCUGUGGUCUUGCCUGCCAAUCUUGGGAUUCAUUGAUCUUCGCAGCCUGUGAGCAAGAGCCUUGCUCUCUGACCUGCCGAUCUUGGGUCCCCAGCCCUUGUGGCUACGUGAACCUAUCCUGACCCAUGGACUUGGGACAUUCCAGCCUCUACAACUGUGUGGUCCACUUCUUUGAUAUAAAUCUCUGUCUACAUAUAUUAUACACUUUAUUAGUUUUGCUUCUUUAGAGAACCCAGCCUAAGACAUUAGUCAAGUGUCUAAGUUAAGUACAUGCUGUGAGCCUGAAUGAAACAGGACAGCAGGAAAUACAAUAAUGCCUUUAUUCUUCCCCAGCAAGUUGGAUCCUGAUGGGCCCAGGAGUGUAUAUGGUAACAUUUACCUGGGGCCAGUGUCCAUGAUAAGCCUGUCUGACUCAUGACAAGCACUUACUUGUCCAGCAGUCCUGAGAGCAGUCCAGUGGCCCAUAGUGUAUGACCCCAUGUCAUUGAAACCGGCCCAUGAGGCCCUGUACUGGGUGUCAUUUUAGCUGGACCUCGUAUAAUUUACCACACUGCCUUUACGUAAAGGCGUAAAAUCCAAAUUAUUCACAAAUUCAGGUAACCUUUAUUAAAAGGCCCUUUUUGGGUAUCAUUUUAGCUGGAUUUAAACAUACUAGUAAAUAACUGCCUCUAGUUAAUGGUGUGCAGUUCAAGACAUUCAUGGAUUCCAAUCGAUUGCCCCUCCUCUUCCCAUCACUGCUCACCACCACACUCCUGAGAAUAAACGCCACUUCCAGCCAGGGCUUCUUGGGGGUUGGCUGCGAUAAGAGGUAGGAGAUACUCUACCUCCUGUUUUGUAAGUCUGGGUUUUACUCUUAAACUCUGAAAGAACAGAGAAGCGGAGGAGGGGUUAAGGCUGAAAAAUGCUGUGGGGUCUAAGAGAUAUUUCAAUUUCUGCCAUCUGUUUGGGCUUGUCUCAAAGUGUGGGAAGAGCAGGAGGGACAAUGGAGAGGAAGGAAGGGGGCUGGAAUGGGGUGGUGGAACAAAAGGUGUUUUACAAAGCAGCUGCCUUAACCACCAUAGAUUAUGGACUGUGAUUAGAAGGGACCUAGGGAUCCCUGUUGCUAUGGUUUCCUGAAACAAGCUCAUCUCUCAGGGGAACACUCACCCUUCCUCUCUCCUUUGUGCCUGAUGGUCUGUUGUGGACUAGGAUAGGAAGAGCAGGGCUCUGGAAUGUACCCUGAGGGCAGACUUGCCUCCGGGAGACCAAGCCUGCUGUGUGAGGGAGGCAAAGGGGUUCAUUUAUGGCGACAGGAAAGAUCUGCCCACAGUUUAGGGUUCACAAGAGCUGAGUGGCUUCAGUAAGUGAGAGAAUGAAAGUCUGGAAUCCCAAAAGUUUCAUCAUGACUGCAGGGCUGGAAGUUCUCCUGUUCCUGGUUUUAGGCUUCCCUUCCUCCAGGCCAGGUACUUCCCCUGGAGCUGAAGAACCCAAUGGAAAGGAGAGAGGCAAGGUUUGCAUGUUGUGGUAUCUGCCCAGCCCACACAACCGAGCAGGGGAGACUUUAUUCAUUUCAGGGGAGAAGUGAAGACAGGAAUGUGAUGAAGUGUGAAAAGGAAGGGGCAAUACUGACAUGAGCAGGACUGGAAGAACAAAGUCUAGAAGUCUAAUACAACAUGGCAACCGAACACAAAACUUAAGGGAGGGGGUGCUCCAUCAUCACCAGGCCCCAGGGCCAAGCACACCCGAGUUUCUUCUCUCUUGUCAGACUUGAAGAAAAAGAGAAUUGAGACUCCAGAGCACCAAGAUGGGGCAAGGGGUCAGUACUGAUGGCCUUGCCACUAGCACCAUGGCAGCCCUGCCUGGCCUGGGGAAGCUGGUAAAAGGCAGGGGCCUGGUGGGGGCAGACUUGCCACCUCAACCCCAUACUCCAGAGGACUGUCUCCUGCCCUUCACACUGGCUUUUCAGUGGGAAUUUCCACAGACUUGAGCUCUGGCACAAAGAAGCCAUCGAUAUAGUGGACCCCAGCUUUCACAUCCCUGCACUCAAAGGCCAGAGAAAUUGCGUAGAGAGAGUAGGCCUGGGGACAUCACUGCAGCUAAGGUAGAAAAUAAUCCAGGCAAGAAAAUCAGACCUGUGCAAGCAGGCUUCUGGGCACUCUACCAGCCAGAAUCACACCGAGUCCCAGAGCCAGGAAGUUAAGUCCCAGUUGGAAGGGGUGGGGGCAUGAGAUGACACUGAGAGGGCAGGAAGCCAGAGAGGUUAACUUGGCCUUCUCAAAAGCCCAGCUCCCUAGGCCCCUCAGCCCUGGGCUUUUAUCGGUACAGCCCCUGGACCAGGGAGCUGCUGCUUUCCCCACUGGCCAUGCCCUAGUUAAGCAUGGGGUUAUCUGGCAGAUGGGUGAGGGGAAGAUGAGUAUGUGGUGAGGCCAUGGGAGGGAGAGGCCUGGCAGGUGGGAUCGGAAGGCUCCCUCAACCCAGCUUCCCAGUGCUCUCACCCUGGUAUCGAGCAUAAGGAACUAGGUGUUGGGGGAGACCCUGCUGUCACCCCGGAUCUGGCCCACCUUCGCCAACCAGCUUUCUCUGACCUCAUCUUGACCCCUCCUCACCCAGCAGAGGGUACAGAUGAGCCCACACUGAGUGCUGGAAGGCAGACCUGAGGCAGGAGAAGCUAGGGUCACAGCCAGGCCCUUGUCCCUCAGAGGAAGUGAGAUGAGGUUAUACCAAGGAUAGUGACUAAGGCCCCAAAGUCCCUGCCUCUGUGCCUCCCUAGAAACCUUGAAGCCAGGCCAGCCCCAGGGAGCAGAGCCUGUGUAAACACACCCGGGAAGGGAGGAGGAGGGUUGCUACAUAUGAGAAACGUGGGAAAUAAAGAGCACCGCUAUAUCCUGUGGUGGUCAUAGGCCCGAGGUCUUGGCUUAGGAAAGGUGAGUGCUAGGGAAUCUGAAAGAGGGGCUGGGGCUUCGUUCUACUUCCUUCUCCUAGAGGGCUAGUGGGUCCCGGUGUCCUUUUAGGGUUCUGGUAUCAGAAGCAGCUUCCUCCAUGUCUCCCUGACCUGAGCUCCCAGCUCCCUCAUACAUCCCUUCCUCUCAAGCCCUGUCCUCCUGUCCUCCCUGGGAAGUCCCAAAGACAUCUGAGGGACCACUCCCCUGCUGAUCAGUGGCCCCCUUGGGGCACCCACAUCCAGACCCAGAAGGGAGUUUGCUUUCUGCCUCACACCUCCCAAAGACAGCCAUCUCUGCCUUAGGCAAACCUGGGAACACCAUCUGCAUUCCCUCAAAGCUGGGCUGGGCUGGUGAGUCAGGGGUCAUAACACAGUGCCCCUCGGAUUGCCCUGGCCAGGGUGUGGGCCAGUGGGCACCUCCCCAGGGCCCACUGAACCCAUGAGGAACUUGGCGGGGGAA